CAUCCGCUUUUGAGUUUUCGUCAGUUUCAGUUGCGCACAUUUUUGUAGAAAUUAACAAAUUUAAACAUGAAACUUUAUUCGUCAGAGCAUAUAUUUAGUCAUCCGUGGGAAACUGUAGCUAAAGCUGCAUGGAGAAAAUACCCGAAUCCUAUAAAUCCGGCAGUAGUUGCAUUGGAUGUGCUCGACCGCAAGGUAGAAAAUGGCGUACUGAAAACACAAAGACUGAUCAGCUCGUCCUGGUCGCUACCAGGGUGGGUGGCAACUUUACUAGGAACUGACCAGACCUGUUAUGUUUGUGAAUUUUCUGAAGUUGACCCCUCAAAACGAACAUUAACAUUAAAGUCAAGAAAUCUUACGUUAUGCAAUCUCGUAUCAGUGGAUGAAAGAUUAUCAUACAGUCCACAUCCUGAUGACAGCAGUCGGACAUUGCUGAAACAGGAAGCAGAGAUAACUAUUAAAGGACUGCCAUUAACCAGCUACUUGGAAGGUGUUGUUGUUGACACGAUGUCGUCGAAAGCAACUCAGGUUCGACAAAGCGCGCUGGACUGGGUCAUCGGCCGCAUCAACAACGAGGUUCACGAGUUGACGGUGGCGGCGGAGCGCGGCCGUUGACAGACGAUCGCGACGGCAGCGCU